GAUGUUGCUACAGUCGUGAGGAGGUUCGAAUUAAAAAAGGCAUGUAAAAAGAACUGUGUGUCUUCUUAACUUUUUUUUCUGUGAUAUCAAAUUGUUGCCAAAAAUAGUGUUGUGACGAUGAUUCUAUUUAUGUGUAGAAUUUUACUUACUUUUUGUGUUUUACAUACAAUGACAGUGUUUAGUUCUGUGUUAGUGGAAAAGAAAGAAAACUGGAGGACACCUCCGGCACAUUUUAAGUACACAAUAGACGAAUUGUUGAGCAAGGUAUUUCCUAGGAAAACUUCAGAUGAUUACGACUGGGAUCCAUGCAAAGCAGGUCCAUUUUUAGGUGAUAUAGCAAUAGGAGAAGAAAGGGUGAUACCCGUAAGGAGAAGAAGAAAUGUUAACAGCAAUAAAUAUUUAACGGAAUCUCCAGUUCACGAGUUUGAACCAAAUUUUGAUUUAAAAAGAAAAAACACUGCCAGCUAUGAAAAACGUCAUUACAGAAUCAUAAGAGCCGCAACUGCACGAAAAGAAAGAAUAUGGGAUUACGGAGUAAUACCCUAUGAAAUUGAUGGAAAUUUUAGUGGUCUUCAUAAAGCUCUAUUUAAACAAGCAAUGAGGCACUGGGAAAAUUUCACUUGUGUCAAAUUUGUCGAGAGAAAUAGAGACGAACACCAGAAUUAUAUUAUAUUUACAGAAAAGCCAUGUGGAUGCUGUUCUUUUGUAGGCAAAAGAGGCAAUGGAGGUCAGGCGAUUAGUAUAGGCAAAAACUGUGAUAAAUUUGGAAUUAUAGUACAUGAACUUGGCCACGUUGUAGGUUUUUGGCACGAGCAUACGAGGCCAGAUAGAGAUAAGCAUGUUAACAUAAUUAGAGAAAACAUCAUGAGCGGUCAAGAGUAUAAUUUCAAUAAACUAAGUGAGGACGAAGUGAAUUCAUUGGGGGUACCUUACGAUUAUGAUUCCAUAAUGCAUUACGCUAGAAAUACGUUCUCAAAGGGAACCUACUUAGACACGAUUCAACCCAUCGAUGUGCCCGGACGAAAAAGGCCAGAAAUCGGACAGAGAGUUCGACUGAGCGAAGGGGAUAUUGCGCAAACUAAUCUUCUAUAUAAAUGUCCAAAAUGUGGGAGGACUUACCAAACCAAUUCUGCUACAUUUUCGCCGCCAGUGUACAUGGAAAGUGCCCCUAAAGACGAAGUACGUUGCGAAUGGAGAAUUACUGGAACACAUGGAGAAAAAAUUGUACUCAAUAUAACCAAUCUCGAUAUAGCAAAAUCUAAUGAAUGUAAAACCGAUUAUAUAGAAAUUCGAGAUGGAUAUUGGCAUAAAUCACCCAUCCUAGGUUUGUUUUGUGGAACGGGACAGUUUCCACUUAUCAAAUCAUCUGGAAGCCGUAUGUUAAUCACUUAUGUUUCAAAAAAUCCCAAAGGGCACAAAGGUUUUACUGCAAGUUAUGAAGCUAUAUGUGGUGGAAAUCUUGUUAUUGAGACUGAAGGUCAUUUGGAAUCUCCCAACUAUCCAGAGGAUUACCAGCCAAACAAAGAAUGCAUUUGGAAAAUCACGGUUCCUAAAAACCAUCAAGUUGCUCUAAGAUUCCAGUCUUUUGAUGUAGAAAACCAUGACAGCUGUGUUUAUGACUACGUAGAAAUCAGAGAUGGCUUAACUCCUGAUAGUCCGAUCCUAAAGGUUCAUUGUGGACCCAAAGUUCCUGCAGAUGUAAUUGCAUCAUCCAAUCAAAUGUUUGUUAAGUUUGUAUCGGAUGGAUCUGUUCAAAAAACUGGAUUUUCUGCCAUUAUUAUGAAAGAGUACGAUGAAUGUUCUAGAAUUGACCAUGGAUGUGCGCAACAGUGCGUCAAUACGUUAGGAAGCUAUAUAUGUACGUGCAAGAUUGGAUAUGAGCUACAUUCUGAUGGAAAAAAUUGUGAAGAUGCUUGUGGAGGAAUAUUUGAUGUCCCCAAUGGUACCAUAACAUCACCUUCCUUUCCGGAUUUGUAUCCUCUUAACAAAAAUUGUGUUUGGGAAAUAGUUGCACAGCCUCAAUAUAGAAUUACAAUAAAUUUUACACAUUUUGAACUCGAAGGUAAUUUUAAUCUUCAGCAGCAACAAUGUGAAUAUGAUAAAGUAGAAAUUUAUAGUAAAUUGAAAGAAGAUAAACUAAAAAAGCAUGGUUCUUUUUGUGGACCAAAAGCACCUCCUCUUAUAACGUCAGAAGGAAACGUUAUGAGAAUUGUAUUUUCGUCGGAUACAAGUGUGCAAAAAACUGGGUUUGCCGCAGUGUUUUUCACAGAUAUGGAUGAAUGUUCAAUAAAUCAUGGUGGUUGUGAACAUGAAUGCGUUAACACCCUUGGUGCCUACAUCUGUACCUGUCAUAAUGGAUACACUUUAGCCGAAAAUGGUAGAGAUUGUAAAGAAGGGGGAUGUAAAUAUGAGAUUUCUACUCCAUACGGCACUUUAGGAAGUCCAAAUUAUCCUGAUUACUAUCCCCCAAGAAAAGACUGUGUGUGGCAUUUUACAACAACUCCGGGACACAGAAUAAGAAUAGCAUUCCAGUUAUUUGUACUAGAACCGCAUCAAGAAUGUUCGUAUGAUCAUGUAGAUUUUUACGAUGGAGCAUCUCCUGAAUCUCCUUCCUUAGGAAGAUUUUGUGGAUCGAAACUCCCUCAUUUGAUUGUAGCUUCAGGAAACCAGAUGUAUAUGACUUUUAGAUCCGAUGCUUCCGUACAAAGGAAUGGUUUCUGGGCCACACAUUCAACUGUUUGUGGUGGUAUGCUGGAGGCUACAUUCGACAAGCAGCACAUUUAUUCUCAUGCCAAAUUUGGAAGUGCAAGUUACGAAAAUAGAGCUGAUUGUGAUUGGACUAUAGAAGCACGAGGAGGAUAUAAUGUAAAACUUUCAUUUUUAACAUUUGACAUUGAAGACGAGAAAGAUUGUGGAUACGAUUUUGUAGAAAUAUUUAGCGGGAUGGAUUCAAGUGGACCCUCCUAUGGAAAAUAUUGUGGAUCAAGGAAACCCUUUGACAUCAUAUCAACGCACGAAGCCUUGUUAGUUAGGUUCAAAACCGACGACACACUCGUGAGUAAAGGGUUUAGUCUCGUAUAUGAAGCUGUUGAAACAAGUACCAGUGAAGAAGAAGUGUAAACAACAUUCAUAGAACUAAUAUUGUACCAGGUGGAAGCUUUCAGAAGAAAGACAAAUAUGGUGCAGAAUCUCAUGAACCAUGAACCUAUUAGAACAAUUGCUAUUCCAGCUUUUCGUCAAAUUCUUAACGAUAUCAGUUUCAUGAGAUUAUGCACUCCCUAAAUUUGUAUUGUGUAUGUGAAACCUUGUAUAUUUUUAUAGACUUAUUUAAAAAAUUUAGACACUCUAUUGGCAGGUUGACCAGUUAAAAUUUAAAUCUUGAAUAUUACUGAAAUGGUAUUUUAGUAUGAAUAUAAAUGUUUCAUAGAUUCAUAAACUAAAACGGUGUUUUUUGAGUUUAUUCUUGUUUUACAAUACUUUUAUCUAAAUCUUGAAUUUGACUAAAUCUGGAUUGACUAUCUCCACUGGAAUUCCAGAUUCGACAUCAAUUUGAGCAGGCGCCAGAAUGGUGGAUUUUCCCAUAGCUCACCGCCUACACGUUCUAAAUUGUUCCGCCGUGUUCAAUAUUCUUCUAAAUCAACGAUGUUAUUGCAUGUUAUUGCAGCAAAAUAAAGACAAAA